CAACCCUCUUUGACGAAACCCUACUAUAAAAUCUCUAGGGUUUUAUCAUUCUCAUUCUCUAAUACAGCAGCAGCAUACAGCAGAAAGACUCUUCUCCCCGGAAGGUGAAUCAGACCAGGCAAGAGAAGUAGAAGAAGAAAUGGACGCAGGUGUAGUUGCUGCCCCCGCCCCGGCCGCCGCCGCCGCCGUCGAUGCAAGCAAAGAGAAUAAGGUUCACACUGAUGUCAUGCUUUUCAAUCGCUGGAGCUAUGAUGGAGUUGAGAUCAAUGACAUGUCUGUUGAGGAUUACAUCACAGCAACUGCUAACAAGCACCCAGUUUACAUGCCACACACUGCUGGUAGAUACCAGGCCAAGCGUUUCAGGAAGGCUCAGUGCCCAAUUGUUGAGAGGCUCACCAAUUCUCUCAUGAUGCACGGAAGGAACAAUGGAAAGAAGCUCAUGGCUGUUCGCAUUAUUAAGCAUGCAAUGGAAAUCAUUCAUUUGUUGACUGACCAAAACCCAAUUCAAGUCAUUGUUGAUGCUGUUAUCAACAGUGGGCCAAGGGAAGAUGCAACACGUAUUGGUUCUGCUGGUGUUGUCAGACGUCAAGCUGUUGAUAUUUCUCCACUUCGUCGUGUUAACCAAGCAAUUUAUUUGCUGACAACUGGUGCACGUGAGAGUGCUUUCAGGAACAUCAAGACCAUUGCUGAGUGCCUUGCUGAUGAACUCAUCAAUGCUGCCAAGGGUUCUUCAAAUAGCUAUGCCAUUAAGAAGAAGGACGAGAUUGAAAGGGUUGCCAAGGCCAAUCGUUAAGAGAUUGAUGUUGGAGCAACUUUUGCGAGACUUUUUGGUUAUGCUAUUUUCUCAUUUCUGUUUUCAUGUAGGCACUAUAGCAUCUGCUACUCCUUAUGGAUUUAGUUUCUUGGAGGAUUUAUGUUUGGUAUUGUUAUAAAUGUUAAAUUUUGAAGUUCCUUUA